AAACCUAAUGCUGGAGGCAUUUCAUGGGCUUCCUGAUCAUGUGAUCACUUAUUGGCCCCGCCCUCCCUAUCAUGUGAUUCAGGGGUUCCAAUCCCCUCCUUAUCAUGUGAUUCAGGGGUUCCAAUCCCCUCCAUAUCAUGUGAUUCAGGGGUUCCAAUCCCCUCCCUAUCAUGUGAUUCAGGGGUUCCAAUCCCCUCCCUAUCAUGUGAUUCAGGGGUUCCAAUCCCCUCCCUAUCAUGUGAUUCAGGGGUUCCAAUCCCCUCCAUAUCAUGUGAUUCAGGGGUUCCAAUCC